AUGCUGAUUUUACGUAGGAUUACCAAAAGUGUCAUCCGCCAUAAACUUUUAUGGCCUCUCUACUGGACUAAGACUAUCUAUCUAUCUAUCUAUCUAUCUAUCUAUCUACCAUAUAUCUGUUACAAAAGAGAGGAACAUUCAACACAUUUUCAAUGUGGUGACUUUUUUUUUAUCAGUCAACAUCGGCGUGUUCAUGCUGUUCAUACCCUUUUAUCUAUUUCUGUUCGUGAUUAUUUCCCACUCUCUUCUCUUCGUUCUCUUCUCUUCGGUCUCUCCUCAUCUGUUCUCAUGAUCGUGUUGUCCAACCAUUUCUCUUUUGUCAUUGUCUUCUUGCUUUUCAUUUUCAUCUUCGUGUUAUCUCUUUCCUUGUAUUUCCCCCAUCCCUUAUCACAUUCCAUUUCCUUCUUUUUCACUGUUCCUCUUUUGCCUGCUUCCGUUAUUUUUUUUUUUUGUCUUUUCGUUAUUCUUUCCAUUGCUAGUCAUAAUAUAUCUACACCUCUUCGUAGCCAUUUUUGUUUUAUACUGGUUGUCCAUUUUCUUCUCAUUCUUUCUCUCUUUUUAUUAGAAAGCAUUUUCCUACAUUCCUUUCUUUUUCUUCUUCUUCUUCUUCUUCUUCUUACAUUUCUCUUUCUCUCCUCUUUUUCUUCUUUUUCAUUAUUAAUAUUAUCAAAAUUCACUCUUUGCAAUCAUUGA